UUUCCCUAACUAAUAAUUUGUGCUAAGUUUACAAGAGGCUUUUUUUCGUUUUGCUGGGAAUGUAACCUGCUGCGGCUGAUUUCUUGUGGCGAUUAUGGUACACGAUAAUUGGAGGCAAUUACGACCGGAUCCGGAGGUUCAAAGUCAGGGUCACAAGUGCUGAGACUUUGCCAUCAGGCCAAUCGAGUGUUGUGUGGCCUUCCAAAUUUCCAAAUUUCCAAAUUUUUUCGGCACGUAAAUCUACUUGGGAUGGCCGGCCAAAAGGAGGAGAUCCUGGGCUGCGACUUUGAGGUACGUGGCAAGGUGCCCAAGGAGGCCUUCGAGCUGUUUGCAUUGGCCCAGGCCAAGACCCUGGGACUCCGGGGUUUCAUCACCCAGGUGUCGGAGGAGAAGUUCAAGGGUCGUCUGGAGGGCGAGGGCAAGGUGAUCGAUGCCUUCAAGAAGCUCAUCCUGGCCGCCUCCGAGUACUUGCAGGCCAUCAAGGAGUUCAUCAUCAAGAACCUGAAAGUCAUCCAGGAAUACACCUACAAGACCUUCGAAAUCAAGACGGACAAGAAGUGACCAAAGUGGCUAAAAUUCUGGCAACAUAAACCAAUAAAGUCAAAUAUAUUUCCUACACUUUCGCAAUUGCUUGCAAUAUAUACUUUGGAUUAAAAUGACUACCUAAACAUGUGCUCUA